AUGGCGAAAGGAGUGGUGAAACAACGAAAGUCGAGAAGAUGUUUAUGGUGCAUUGUGGCGAUAGUAAUAUUGGGUGGGAUAGCCGGAGGAAUCUUUUAUGUAGUGAAGAAGAAAAUCCUUGAUAAAAACUCAUCAUCCACCUCUUCCCUUGAGGAUAAGUAUAGUGAUGCUCUCAAAAUCGCCAUGCAAUUCUUUGACGUCCAAAAAUCCGGUAAGCUAGUGGAUGAUAAGAUACCAUGGAGAGGAAAUUCAGGGCUUAAGGAUGGGAGUGAAGCAAAGUUGGAUCUUUCCAUGGGGAUGUAUGAUGCUGGUGAUAACAUUAAAUUUGGUUUCCCAAUGGCAUUUACUGCCACUGUAUUAUCAUGGGCUAUCCUUGAAUAUGGUGAGCAUAUGGAGCAUAUUAAUCAAAGGGAACCUGCUGAAAAUUCUCUCGCGUGGAUCACCGAUUUCCUUCUAAAUGCUCAUCCUUCUCAAAAUGUGCUCUACAUCCAGGUAGGUGACCCUAAAGAAGAUCACAAGUGUUGGGAAAAGCCUGAGAAAAUGACAACGAAGAGGCCUCUCAAACUGGUGAACUCAAGUAAACCAGGGUCAGAUGUCGCGGCUGAAACAGCUGCGGCUCUGGCUUCGGCAUCUCUUGUGUUUAAGAAAACAGAUUCGACGUAUUCGAGCACCCUUCUUAAGCACGCCAAGCAACUUUUCACUUUUGCAGACAAGUAUAAAGGGUCUUACACUAAGAGUCACCCUGAAGUUGCAACAUAUUAUAAUUCAACAGGAUAUGGAGAUGAACUCUUAUGGGCUGCAAGUUGGCUUUACCAUGCAACAGGUGACACAACAUAUCUUCGAUACGUAACUGAGGAAAAUGCUGAUAAAUACGCCAAAGUGGAUGGUCCAACAUGGUUUAGCUGGGAUAAUAAACUUGCUGGAGCCCAGGUUUUACUUUCCAGGUUAAGCUUUUUUGGUGACAAAGGUGCCAAAGGGAAUUCUGGAAUUGAUGAUUAUAAGAAAUCUGCUGACGAACUAAUGUGUGCUCUUCUACCAGAUUCCCCUUCUGCCACAGCCAGCAGAACAAAAAGUGGUCUUAUAUGGAUCACUAAAUGGGAUUCUCUACAACAUCCUGUUGGGUCUGCAUUUUUAGCUGUUCUUUACAGUGAUUACAUGCGUGCAUCAGACAAUGAAAUACUAAGUUGUGGUGAUGAUUCAUUUGAACCAUCUGAUCUUAGAAAGUUUGCACAAUCACAGGCUGAUUAUGUGUUGGGUGAUAACCCCAUGGACAUAAGCUACCUAGUGGGGUAUGGUGGUAAAUACCCAGAAUUUGUACAUCACAGAGGAGCUUCGAUCCCAGUUGAUGCAACCACUGGUUGCUCUGAAGGGUUCAAAUGGCUUAGUUCAAAGAAACCUAACCCUAAUGUAGCAAUAGGAGCUCUUGUAGGGGGACCUUUCAAAAAUGAAUCAUUCAUUGAUUCUAGGAACAACUCAAUGCAAACAGAACCAACCACAUAUAACAGUGCUGUCCUUGUUGGUCUCCUUUCAAGUUUGGUCAAUACAUCUUCCCCAGUUAAAUCCUUAAAUGAAAAUUAGCCAUAGUUAGUAACAUAUGUUACACAUGUUUUUCUUUUACUAUAUUAUG